AUGGAUCAAGAGGAAAGUGCGCAGGAGGGCCUAAAAGAACUUCCGGCACUAGAACUCAAGAUAGACAUAACUGAAGCAAAUAGAAUCUCAAAUUUGACAUUAGUAGGGAGGAUUAUCUCGGAGAAAACUAUUAAGAGAAAGACAGUCCAAAUGAUAACAAGGCGAAUCUGGUUUACUCAUGAACCAGCCAUGGUGGAUCAACUCAGUCACAAGACAUUUUUAUUCUCUUUCAAAAGAACCGCUGAUAGGGCGAGAGUUUGGAAUCGUCGACCCUGGACAAUUAAUGGUGCACACUUAGCUCUGAAAGAGUGGGAUCCAGUGAUGUCCGUUCAAGAUUUUGAUUUCUCUUCGUCUACCUUCUGGGUCCAGAUCCAUGGGCUGCCUCUUCAAUACCUGAAUAAAGACAACGCAAUUAAAAUAGGAGGUUUGUUCAAGGAUAUCCUUAACUGUGAAGGCUCCUCAUGA